AUGGCCAGAACUAAGCAAACAGCUAGAAAAACCCCAUCAGGAAAAACCCCUAAGAAACAUUUAGCUUCAAAAGCAGCCAAAAAGGUUUCAGCCACAACAAUUUCAGGAGUGAAGAAACCUCAUAGAUUUAGACCUGGCACUGUUGCACUUACUCCCUCUCCAUGAGCUAUCAAAACCUCAUUUUCGGAAAUUAACCCUUAAGGUGCAAGGAAAAAAUUUUGCUCGCUUACAAAGAAGUGCUUACUCCCCCCUCCGUGAGCGAACAAAAUAACCUUGUUCGCUAACGGAAGGGGGAUUAAUUUUUUUUUUAAAAAAUUUAUAUAUAAAUUUUAAAGAAAAAUUUUUUUCGAAAUUUAAAAAAAAUCCCACUUUUCGAAAAUAGGAAAACAAAAAAUUAAUUUAAUUAAUAAAAUUUAUGUUUUUAAAAACGCAAUUUGUUUAAUAUUAACAGAAUUAGCUCGCGAUUUCAUGAUAUUGGUUAUCACUUAUAUAUCAAAAAUUUUUUUCCCAUAAAAAAUUUUUCUAUUAAAAAUUUUUGUUUGCUCACAGAGGAUUUUUUUGGGCAAAAAAUAAGGAUUUUUAUAAUGGUUUUGUUCGCUCACGGAGGGGGGGAGUUAGAGAAAUCCGUAAGUACCAGAAGAGCACUGAGCUCCUUGUAAGAAAACUCCCAUUCCAAAGACUUGUAAGAGAAAUUGCUCAAGAAUACAAAACUGAUUUGAGAUUCCAAAGCUCUGCAGUUCUAGCCUUACAAGAAGCUGCUGAAGCUUAUUUGGUUGGACUAUUUGAAGAUUCAAAUCUCUGUGCAAUCCAUGGGAAAAGAGUAACAAUUAUGCCAAGAGACAUGCAACUUGCAAGAAGAAUCAGAGGGGAAAGAUCCUAA